GGACGCCGCCGCUGGGGCAUGGGCUGGGAAAAUGAUCCCCCGUGAGCGAGCAGCCACCUCUCAGUCACGGGGGGACAAGUCCUGGCAGCCCAACGUGGCCACCAUCCAUGCCGAUGUGUCUGGGCUAAUGUCCGAGGAGGAGUGGCUCUCCCUGCUGGAGGCUGAGCAGGAGGACAGGGAUGUUGGGGACAUCCUUGCAGAGCUCUUGGACCGUGUGAUGGAUGGGUGCCUCAAAGCUGAUGUGGUGCAGCAGCUUGUGCCCUUCGUGGUGGCCCAGGCACGGGAUGCCAUCCUACACAUUGCCCAGUGGCGUUUCCUGGCACGGGAUGAGGGAGAUUUGGACCUCAAGGAUGAAGAUGGCACCUGGCAGGAGGACGAGGAGCCUGAGCCCCUCACCACAGACUCUUGGGCACAGGGCUGUGUUCCCACCCAGCAUGCCUGCCUAUCUCCAGCUGAAGGAGAGGUCUCUGGUGCACAGAACCAGUGCCAGCAGGGAAGACAGGACCCCCUCGUGGUUGCUGAGACUGUGUCACCUCAAUGGUCCAUUCAGGUCACCAGCACCAGUGCCAUCCUCCCUGUGCCAGGGUCACCACGCCCAGAGAGCCUGCCAGACAAAGUGGCCAUUGCUCCCUGGUCUCCCAAAGGAAAAUCUCCCCAUGCUGAGUCCCUGCCAUUCCAGCCAGCCAGGCCACUGUCCCCCUGCCCAUCCCCAGGGCAGCCAGAGCAGAGAUGGUAUCCACUGUGGUCACCCCACAGGGAUGCUGAGGGCAGCAGCAAGGUGAGGGUAAGCAGCCACAUGCCACUGCAUCUAUCUCCCUCCUGUGCCAGUGUGGCCAUGAUGCAUCCAGGGCCGAAGCAGAAGGUACCCAACACCACUCCAGGGGUCCCCAGAUUGGGCUCUCACUGCCGGCCUGAGCGCUGGAUCUGGCCACAGGUCGAGGUGCUGGACCCAAAGGCCAAGCCGCUGGCACAUCCCUAUGGUGCCCGCUGGCACAGCCGGAGUUCAGAGCCGGGCAGCCCGCGGCUGCCGCGGGGCCCGGUCCCCAUGCGGAGGACACAGCUCCAGGCUCCCCGUGCGGCAUCCCUGCAGCCCACGGGACACCUGCCCAAGCCACUCGGCUCUGCGUGGCUGGCCCCUGGUGUGACCAUCAGAUGGGGCACCAGUGUGAAGCAGGAGGUUAAAGAGGAGGAGGAGGAGGAGAAGGCAGAAGAGGCCAAACAGGACUUGAGACCCAUCCACCCUGCCGUGCCCCUCCCGGCCAUCGCUGCCAGGCAGGUCACGGGCGAGGGCAAGGACUGAAGGCAGCAUCCCCCACGUCAGCCCGAGAGCUGAGCGGCUCCAGCAGUCCGGGCUGGGUGUGUGGCUGGAUGCUGCCCUCACAUGGGUGCCCAGGCUGCAGAAGACACUGUCCUCGGCGGGCUCCUCACCCGUGGCCGUCAGCACGUUCCCACUUCGCACAGCACUACCGUGAAUGCUGGCACAGGGCUGGGCACUCGUGUGGCACCACGGAUCUGCCGGUGAGGCUGGAGCUCGGUGCCUUUUACCAGCUUCGUUAAAGAAAU